UCAUUGUUUUCUUUCUUUCUCUGUCUCUUUCUCUCUCUCUUUUCUUGUUUGGAUCGGAUCUGGAGAGCUUCUUAGGAGAAGAGAAACACACACGAAGACAAGGCAAAACCCGAAGAAAGCUGUUUCACUUUUCUCUUCUUAAAAACAGCUUUUUCUUUUUUUUCCUUUCUGGGUUUUUCAUUUCAUGAAAGAUUUCAGUUUGCCCAGCAUUGUUUUUCUCUGUUCUAUGAUCAGUUGAUUUUGUGUUGUUGGGACAUUUAAGUUGGAUGAUUCUAUAAUUAACGGCUGUAUCGUAGAAUUUUCACCUAGAGGAAUAAAGUUUACUUCGCUGAAUUGGACUUUGGUUUGGCAGUGGUUGGUGAUGUUAAAUUCUUCAAUGGAAUCACUUGCUAUUUCUUCAUCAAAGAGUCAAAGUCCCGGUUCUGCCAUAGGCAACAAUAACCCUCAUUCAGCAUCUGGUACGCCUAGGCCAUCUCGGCCUCCCUCUCCGAAACAAUCAAGAAAUGAAGGACCUUCUUCUACAUCGCAAGCAACUACUCUUAAUCAUGGCGUAAGUAUUGUUCGACAUCCAAAUGGUACUAUAGGCUAUCAAAAGCAUUCGUACAAACCAGCCUAUGACAACAUGCAGCAUGAAGAAUUGCCUAACAUGGGAAAACACUAUUACGAUUCAAGUAAGGGGAAAUCUGAAUUGGUGGGAAAAAACGACGCUACUAACCCUAGUCAGAAGAAGAUUUUGACAGUGGAAAGCAAAUCUUCCUUCAAACACCCAGUCAAUGAUCAUAAGAGUUCUAAUUCACGUGGUCCUUUGGAAUUUGAAAAAACUGUAUCGGGUCCUUGUAAAGGAGGUGUUGUGCAGUUGAACAACCAUGUUGCAUCUCAAUCAGAACGAAGCUUUUGUCAAAGUCCUUCAAAUAGUAUGUGUGCUGGCACGCUUUAUGCUGAAGCCAAACAAAGUUUCACCAAUACAGAAGUUAGUGAAUGCGCAAGCAGUGUUGACAAGUCUGCUGAAAGUGGUGAAGUUAGUAAUUCCUGUGAUUUAGUUGAGAGUAGGAAGACAAGCAUCUACAGAGGGAGCACUGGCAGUGAUGUUAGUGAUGAAAGCAGCUCUAGUUGUCUAAGCAGUGCCAUCUACAAGCCCCACAAGGCCAAUGAUAUAAGAUGGGAAGCAAUUCAAGCUGUCAGAUCUCGAAAGGGAGAUUUGGACUUUAAGCACUUUAGGGUGCUGAGGAGACUGGGAUGUGGAGAUAUUGGUAGUGUUUAUCUAUCGGAAUUGACUGGCACUAAAACUUAUUUUGCUAUGAAGGUUAUGGAUAAAGCUCUUUUGGCAAGUCGUAAGAAGCUUCUGAGAGCCCAGACAGAGAGAGAGAUUCUGCAAUCUCUGGAUCAUCCCUUCCUACCCACCUUGUAUACGCACUUUGAGACAGAGAAGCUUUCUUGCUUGGUGAUGGAGUUCUGCCCUGGAGGAGACUUGCAUGCUCUCAGGCAAAGACAACCAGGAAAGUACUUUUCAGAGCAAGCUGCCAGGUUUUACGUGGCAGAAGUUCUCCUUGCUUUGGAGUAUCUGCACAUGCUUGGGAUCAUUUACAGAGACCUUAAGCCGGAAAACGUUUUGGUAAGAGAAGAUGGACACAUAAUGCUUUCAGAUUUUGACCUCUCUCUUAGAUGUGCCGUCUCUCCAACUCUGGUCAAAUCUUCAAUCUCAAGCCUAGAAUCAAAAAAUUCAGCAUACUGUGCUCAGCCUGCAUGCAUUGAGCCAACUUGUGUAAUGCAGCCAGAUUGUAUCCAACCUGCAUGUUUUGGACCACGUUUUUUCUCAAGCAAGCCCAAGAAAGAAAAGAAGAGCAAAGUAAAGAAUGAAACUAGUCAUCAAGUGAGUCCUCUUCCUGAGCUCAUUGCAGAACCUACAAAUGCUCGCUCAAUGUCCUUUGUGGGAACUCAUGAGUACUUAGCACCUGAGAUCAUUAAAGGUGAAGGACAUGGAAGUGCUGUAGAUUGGUGGACAUUUGGGAUCUUUCUGUACGAACUUUUGUAUGGUAAAACCCCAUUCAAAGGGGCAGGGAACCGGGCAACUCUCUUUAAUGUGGUUGGCCAGCCAUUGAGAUUUCCGGAGUAUCCUUCUGUGAGCUUUGCUGCUAGGGACUUAAUCAGAGGUUUACUUGUAAAGGAGCCACAGCAUCGGCUUGCUUAUAGGCGUGGGGCUACUGAAGUUAAACAACACCCAUUCUUUCAGAGUGUAAAUUGGGCACUCAUUCGUUGUGCAAAUCCACCAGAAGUGCCAAAACAAGCCAUGAUGGACUUUUCUGUCAGAACGGACAUGGCAAAAGUACCUAACAACGACAAGGUUCCGGGUGUAGAUGUGAAGCCUUCAGGUAAUUAUUUAGAGAUUGAUUUCUUUUGAUUCUUGUGAUUAUUUUUGUUUCUUAGAAACAAUAUGUCCACCACCUCUGUCGAAUUGUGCUCCAAAGGUUUAGUCUUUUGCUCUUGCAAAAGAGCUAUUUGGAAGCACAUGUUGUAACUUCUCUUUGAACUUGAAGCACGAUAAACAGCACUGCGAAAUGCAAAUGAACAGAAAUGAGGAAUGAAGCUGCUGUUCUGUCUUCUCUUAUUUCUUGCAUUCUGGAAGUUUACUUCUAUGUAAACUUGUGUUGUACCAAAACCGGCACGAAAACAGGCAAUCCUAAGAUGUUUCAUCAUA